CAUCCCACUUGCUUACUGCCUUACAGCCAGCCUUUAUUAUAAUCAGAGCAGUUACGAAAUGUCCACUCUAGAUCACAUGUGGAACAGCUUGGUUUGAUUUAGUACACUAUAAAAUGUGCAGCAUACCUUUCAACAAAUGAAAGGUGUUUCCCAUUCCUCUGCUCUUAUUGUAUUGCAAAUAUGGGCAUUCUCCCUCUCAUGGUGCUCUUAAUGGUUAUGGCCCUGAUAUCAGUAGCCAAUGCACAGGGCACUGUUGUGGGAUUCUACAAACAGAUUUGCCCAUCUGCAGAGAGGCUUGUUCAGUUGAGGGUUCAGAAGAAAUUUCAGACUGACAACACAAUUGUCCCUGCACUCCUUCGCAUGCAUUUUCAUGACUGCUUUGUAAGAGGGUGUGAUGCAUCACUGCUAAUAGACAGUACAAGUGGGAAUGCAGCAGAGAAAGAGGCAGGUCCUAAUCAGACUGUGAGAGGAUAUGAAUUCAUUGAUGAGAUUAAGAAGGUGCUGGAAGCUGUUUGUCCCAACAAAGUCUCCUGUACUGAUAUUAUUGCUCUUGCUACAAGAGAUGCUGUGGCCCUGGCAGGUGGGCCUCGUUAUGAUGUUCCCACAGGAAGAAGAGAUGGAUCAGUAUCAAGAGUGGCGGAUGCAAAUUCUCUUCCAGACCCCACAGACAGUGCCAUACAAUCCUCUGCAGCCUUUGCCUUGAAGGGUCUCUCUGUUCUUGACCUUGUUACUCUAUUAGGGGCUCAUACCGUUGGCAUUACGCACUGCAGUUUCUUCAACGACAGACUCUACAAUUUCCAAGGCACGGGCAAGGCAGACCCCACCAUGAAUCCAACCUUGGUCACCAAACUGAAGAACACCUGUCCCGAUCCUGCAACUUCAACUUCUGACGAUGACCCACCUGUUAAUUUGGAUCAAGGGACACCCUCUGUCUUUGAUGACAGUUUUUUUAAGCAGAUUGUAUCCCGGAGAGGCAUUCUACAGAUUGAUCAGGAACUUUUUGAGGACUCCACUACUACCGCCAUUGUCAGAAGCUAUGCAGGAUCCCAAUUCGGCUCUCAGCCUUCUCUCAACUUUAGCCAACAGUUCGCUCAAUCCAUGGUGAAAAUGGGUAACUUGGGAGUGCUCACUGGUACACAAGGAACUAUCAGGAAAAACUGUAGGGUUGUAAAACUGUAAUCCUUAUACUUCCCAAAUUGAAGGAUAAAAUUUCAUCUGAAAUCGCAAAUCUAGUCCUAAUUAUCACUUAAAAAAACAGAGUUUAACCAUGUUGCUUGCUUAAAAAGUAACAAAACAUGGAAUGGAUUACAGCAGAAAGAUUGAUAUGACAUCUACAAAGGCUUUCUCGGGAUUAUCUGUGGGGGAGCUGAAACUAAUUCUGGCCCGUGACCAUUCUGACAUUGCUUUUUCUCCCGUGAUUCUUAGUUUGUCUUUUUCUUUUUUUUGAUGGCCAUGUUACGUAAUACCAGUUGACAUGGCAACCAGAACGUGAGUGCAUAGCUGAAGGUAUGUUAAUUUGUGGGAGGCCAUGACGAGGGGUUUCCCCGAGUAAUUUUCAGAGUUGUUUCCCUUAUUAUUAAUAAAAUGUUUGGUGUUUGUUUGUUUAA